UCGAAUAGACGUUAGUUGCGGUCCCAACGCGGCUAAGAUGCCUUCGAGCCAGGGCCACUAACUAAAGUAAUCAAUAACCAAUACAAAAAGCGAGUGAAGUGAAGUGAAGUGAACACAACCGAAUCCGAAAUCGAAUACGAACAUGGCGCAGAAUACGCGCAACUCCGAUUUAUCGCAAAUAGCGGUCAAUGCCAACAAUAUACCCGAUGAUAGCGUCGAUUGCGGCAUCAAAGGGUUGGGAUGGUGUCGCGGUCCUGGAUGUCAGAAGUACGCCCGGCUGCGCACCUUCAUCCUGGUCCUGGCCAUCUCGGGAACCCUCCAGGGUGCCUGCGAAUCCUACUUCCGCGUUUCGGCCAAACAGGCUGCCUUCCAGUUCGGCUAUAGUCCGCUGCUAGUGGAUUGGCUGCUGGUGGCCAGUGGAUUGUUCCAGGCUGUAUUCGCACUGGCCUUCGCCUACUGGGCGGAAUUCUACCACCCCAUCAAAUGGCUGGUGGGAACUCUGAUGCUGCAGGCAGUCACCUGCGUGGUGGCUGUGAUUCCCUCCAUCAUGAACUUUGCCGAGGGCAACAAGGCGAAGGACGUUCUGCUGGAUGCCAAUCUGUGCGCCACCUCGCUGGCCCAGUUCCAGAAGCUCACGCUGACCGAGGCCCAGAGCAGCAGCCUCACCCUCGCAAUGCUCUUCGUCCUCCAGCUGGCCCUGGGCAUGGGUGGCCUGGCCUACUACACACUGGGGGUCAGCUACAUCGACGACAACUCCCUCUCGCAGGACAGUCCGGCGGUGAUAGCGGCUGCCCUGGCCGCCCGCGUCUUUGGCCAGCAGGCGGGCUCCUUUCUGGUCCUGGCAGUGGGACUGACCCAGGUGGGCUGGUGGCUCGGCUGGGUGAUACUGGCUCCCUUCAUCUUCGUGGGCGCCCUGCUUCUGGGGCUGUUCCCCAAACGGCUGCCCAAGACGGUUAUCCACCAGGCCGCCCAGAGGAUUAUCGAACAGUCGAACAUGCGGCGCUUUGGCAGCCAGUUCUCCACCUACCUGGAUGACUCCGACUUCUGGCCAUCGCUGAAGAGGCUCUUCAACAACCGCCUGCUGAUGGUCAACCUACUCAGCAUCAUGUGUGUGCAGAGUGCGGUGGUGAACUAUGGCCUGCAGGAGGAGAGCUAUCUGCAGAGUAGGUUCUUCCUGCCCUACAACGAGCAGGAUGGCCUGACGGCGGAGUGGAGGUCGGCCUUCGUCGCCUACUUCCUCAAGCCGCCGGUGAUGGCGGUGGGAAUGCUCAUCAGUGGCCUGAUCAUCUCGAAGGCCCAGCUCUCGGCCCGCAAAAUCACGGGCAUCAACAUAGCCCUCAGUGUCCAUCUGGUGGCCAUCUUUGUGGGCCUGGUCUUUGUCCAGUGCGACGUGGGCGCCAUCGCGGGCGUGGAGGGGGGCAAGCUGAAGCAGCCCUACUGCUCCAGCCAGUGCCUGUGCACGCCCACCGCCUUCAUGCCCGUCUGCCCGGAGAACAGUGCCGUCACCUACUUCUCGCCCUGCUACGCGGGCUGCACCAAGGAGACCACCAUCAACAGCUUCCAGCUGUUCGAGGGCUGCAGCUGCAGCGGGGACCAGACCCUGAACUCCACCGGCCAGAUGAGGGCCACCGCGGGAGCCUGCAGCUCCGACAGCUGCCAGUCGGCCAUCAUCAUCUUCCAGAUCAUGAGCAUCUCGGUGGCCUUCCUGAUGGGCGUGGGUGUGAUCGGGAAAACGUUGAUCACCCUGAGGGCUGUUCUGCCGCAGGACAAGUCCUUGGCCCUGGCCUUCGAGCUCAUGAUUGUGGGCCUCUUCGCCUAUGUUCCCGUGCAUCUAAGCUACGAUAUUGUCACCCGUUCAACCUGCGUUUACUGGGCUCCCAACUACGAGCGCUGUCUGCUGCGGGAGACGCCCAAACAUGGCAAUAUCCUGGACAUCCUGACCGCCUCCUUGAUCCUGGCCAGUGUGCUCUUCGACAUCCUCGUGUAUGUCUUCGCCAAGGGUCUCAAUCUGUACAACUGCAAGGUGACGGAUAAUAACUACACACCCUCCCUGUACGCCCCCAUUCCGCACGAGGAUGCGACCACGUCACCCAGUGCUCCCCUUGGAGGAAGUCCUGUGACCACCACCACCACCUCCUCGCCCAUGCAACGCCGGGAUGCCCCGCAGGAGCGCCGGACCGAGACGGCUGUCUUCAGGAAUCCCAGUUCGGUGACCACCUCGUCGGGCGGGGCCCAGAGCAUUGUGGAGCCCCAUGAGGGUGGGGUCACCUAUGCGCAGGUUGUCUUCCCGCCAGACAAACGCAAGCCGGAUGACGGCAGCACCAGUCCCAAGCGCUUGGCCGUCCCAGCCAAUGUUCCAUUGCACCUUCUCUCCGAGUCGGACGUUCGCAGCCAGCUGGGCAAUCUGAAGUCCUUCAAUCCUCCCAAACAGGAGGCUGACCCGGGUCUCGAUACGGUGGACACAGACGACGUGGUGGUCACCCAACCUCAAGCGCAUGUCCAACCGCAGGUCCAAGCCGUGCUCCCACAGGUCCAUCCGCAGGUCCAGGAGGAGAACUCUCCAGCACAUCCAAACCACCAAUCGCAGCCAGACGAUGCCAGGCCACAAAGCCCCGAAACGGACUUCUGAGGAGGCCACACCAAAGUAUUCUAACGUGUUUUUAUUACAUUCCUUAGCUUAAGACCGAUCCAAUGUGCCAAGACAAAUCAUUUGAA